GGCAAGACAUAGGAGUACUCGCGAAAGUUGAAUAAUUUUAAAACGUGACUAAAGUAUCUGAAAUUUUAUGAACUGUUGAAGUAAAAUAACAUCAAAAAUAUUAGAGUUAAGAUACAUUGCACGGCACGCACGCAACAAAGAUUUCGUAUAUAAAAAAUGAAAAUUUCACGGCUGGCACAACUAGUAUUUCCAGGUAUCAAAUGGUUUCAAGGAUAUACACCGCAGGAUGCUAUUGCUGACUUAAUAGCUGGCGUAACAGUUGGAUUAACUGUGCUGCCGCAAGGCUUAGCAUAUGCCACACUGGCUGGUUUGGAUCCACAAUAUGGACUUUAUUCUGCAUUUAUUGGUGGAAUUGUUUAUGCGUUCGUGGGAAGUUGUCGACAGGUUACUAUUGGUCCUACAGCUUUAUUAGCAUUAAUGACAAGUAGACAUACAAGUUUAGGUUUAGCUUCUGGUCCAACGUAUGCGAUUCUGCUAUGCUUGAUAUCGGGUAUUGUUGAGUUAAUUAUGGCUGUGCUAAGACUGGGUGCUUUAGUUGAUUUAAUUUCAUUACCAGUUACUGUUGGAUUUACUUCUGCAACUGCUGUUAUUAUUGGCACUUCACAAAUAAAAGGUCUUUUAGGUCUACGUGGUGGUUCGGGUUCCAGUUUCAUUGAAACAAUAGGUUCAGUAUUUUCAAACUUGGACAACUUACGUUAUGGUGAUUUCACACUUGGUAUUGUGUCUAUAAUUUUGCUUCUACUGUUAAGAUGCUAUAGUAUGGAGUGA